AUGGCCUUUCAUGAAUAUUCAAAAAAACAAAAAGUUGCACUUGGUGUUGCCAUUGGUUUGGUACUAUUCGAGGAAAAACAGGAAAAAAGAAAAUGGUCAAAGAAUUGUUUCCAUCUUCCGAGGAAGAAUGGCGCGGGGUUGCAAAGGAGUUCGAAUGUUUGUGGCAAUUUCCCAAUUGCGUGGGUGCGAUCGAUGGAAAACACAUACAAAUAAAAAAACCUAGAAACAGUG